UGUGUCGCUGUGUGUCGCUGGUGAACGCAGUACGCUUUUUUUGCUUUGUGAUGGUCAUGUGAUGGUUCCUGCGUUUCCAGCGAAGCUCUUUCCAUCGAACAGAGAAACUAACCGCUUCUAAGACGAAAAACUCAGACAGAGAAGAGACUGAAGCUGCUGGACGGCUGUCAUGGGGUGCUGUUUCAGCACCGGGAGCAACCAGGACGGCUCAAAGAAGCCAUUGAUUCCUGACCCAAACUUAGACAGAAAUCCCACCAAUGGCUCGGAUCGAAACACAGACAGCCUGCCGUCCAGCUGCACAGAUGAACAGACCCUGCACAAGGACAUCCUGCAGCGGACCGCUCUGGACAUAAUUGACGUGUCGGCUGUUAUUUCUCAAGGCCUGGAACAACAUGAAUACAUGGACAGAGCCAGACAGUACAGCACCAAGCUGGGGGUGUUGAACAGAACGCUGUCUCAGAAGAAGCCCGUUCCUCUCCCGUCACUGAGCAGCCAACCUCAACAGGUGCUCGCCGCUGACCUGGUCUCCUACGCAGAUGUACAGCAGGUGUCUAAGAUUGCUGCGUACGCCUACAGCGCCAUCUCACAAAUCAAAGUAGAUGCCAAUGAAGAGCUGGUGGUGCAGUUUGCUAUACCAUGAUUAUAUUUUAUUUCUGAGAAAGAUAUUUCAUCAGCUGAUCAAUCGCUGUAUUGUUAAACAACUCUGGGUCUGAAUUGUUGCGGUGGAAAUUAGUAGAUUGUAAAUGAUGUUCUUGUGUCAGUGCCUUUAAUGUACAGAGUGUAAAGUGAUUCGAGAUGAAUGAUUACCUUGCAUUCUUUCCUGACAGAGUUUGAAAUGCCACACAUGUUUGUGUAAUCAUUUAUUUAGAUUUUAUAUAUUUAUGCAAGCUCGAUUAGCACUCUAGAUCAAGGCAAGGCACUUUUGUCUUUCUUUGAGAUUUUUAAAGGGAUAAAAUGCACUGCAAUACUUUGUUUUCUGUUGCAGUUCACUAAUAGUGUUCAAGUUUGUUUGUUUGUUACCUAAAUGUGGAAUUCUACCUGAUUUACAGA